CAUAGCGCUAUUACACUCUCCCCAUUACCAAAAUGUUCGCGACUCUGACUCACGCGCCACCCUCCUUGAUAAACUCACUCCACCUCUCUCGCACAUAUUCUUUGUCCGCUCGCAGUGUUUUGCUGGUUGCAGCCACCAGAUUUCUCUGCUUCCAGUACCGCCGAAUUAGAGCCCGUACGGUCACCUCCAUGGCCGGAGAUAACUCGAACGACGGCGAAUCCUCGCUUGACCACGUCGCUGGAAGCUGGUACUCAGUGCCGGAGCUCCGGCUCCGAGACCAUCGCUUCAUUGUGCCCCUCGACUACGCUCUCGAUCGUCGCGCUUCCCCUAAGAUCUCCAUUUUCGCUCGCGAAGUAGUCGCAGCUGGGAAAGAAGAUCAACCACUGCCAUACUUAUUAUUCCUACAAGGUGGACCUGGAUUUGAGUGCCCUCGACCAACCGAAGCUAGUGGAUGGAUACAAAAAGCUUGUGAAGAAUUUCGUCUAAUAUUGAUGGAUCAACGAGGAACAGGCUUAUCGACUCCUUUGACAGCAUCAUCUAUGUUACAAUUUAAGUCCGCAGAGGAUUUGGCUGACUACUUAAAACAUUUUCGAGCUGACAAUAUAGUAAAUGAUGCUGAGUUUAUUCGAGUACGUCUGGUUCCUGAUGCUGGACCUUGGACAGUUUUGGGUCAGAGUUAUGGUGGUUUUUGUGCAGUUACCUAUUUGAGUUUUGCACCACAAGGACUAAAACGAGUCCUUCUAACUGGAGGAAUCCCUCCAAUUGGAAAUGGAUGCACAGCAGAUACCGUGUAUAGGGCAUGCUUUGAACAGGUUAUGCAUCAGAAUGAGAAGUACUACAAGAGGUAUCCUCAGGAUAUUGAAAUUGUUCGCGAAGUUGUUAACUAUUUAGCAGAGUCUGAAGGAGGCGGGGUGCUUCUUCCAUCUGGGGGUAUCUUAACCCCAAGGGGACUGCAAAUUCUUGGUCUCUAUUGUUUAGGAUCUUCUGCUGGUUUUGAGCGGUUGCACUAUAUGCUUGAGGGGGUCUGGGAUCCUGUAAUAGUUCCGGGAGCACCAAAGCAAAUGAAUUACUACUUUUUGAAUGCUUUUGAGAAGUGCUUAGCUUUUGAUACAAAUCCACUAUAUGCGCUUCUGCAUGAGUCUAUCUACUGUCAGGGUGCUUCAUCAAGGUGGUCUGCUCAAAAAAUAAGGAGUGAAUACGAGGAGAAAUUUGAUGCAAUCAAGGCUUCAAAAGGUUGCCCUGUACUUUUCACGGGAGAGAUGAUCUUCCCCUGGAUGUUCGAUGAGAUUCAUGCUUUGAGGCAAUUCAAAGAUGUUGCUCAUAUAUUGGCUGAGAAGAAGGAUUGGCCUCCACUAUAUGACGCCACUGUGCUGAAUAAUAAUAAGGUACCUGUUGCAGCUGCUGUUUAUUUUGAUGAUAUGUUUGUCAACUUCAAGCUGGCCAUGGAAACAGCUUCUCAGAUAGCAGGGAUUAGGCUGUGGAUCACCAAUGAGUACAUGCAUUCUGGUCUGCGCGACGCAGGGGGCCGGGUUUUUGAGCACUUGAUGGGAAUGUUAAAUGGAAAGAAGCCUUUGUUCUGAUCCCCAUUUCCGCUCCUAAAUUACUACUAUUAUUCGAGUUAAAUUUACCCGGUAGCCUAUUUCCCUCAAUAAAUUAAAUUAACAUGUUCCAAUCGGUGGAUCAAAAAUCAUGUCUUUGAGGCACUCUCUUAAACUGAUCAGAGUUCAAGAUGAAGCUUGUAUAUUGUCUUGGAAUAUCGUUUCAAGAUAUUGAAUUGGCAACCAUUGUAUAUAUGGAUGCUCUUUAUAAGGUACAUUCACAAUUUGCAGCUGGACUAGCAAGCAAAGUAUCAGAAUGUUUAAAGCUGUUGGGCUGUGAGUGUGCUACAUUUGAACAUAUUGAAAUAUGACAAAUGCUACACAAACUUGAGUAUUUCAAGAGAAAUACUUUUGAGAGACUACUGCAGGCUUGUGUAUUCUUUUUUCA